GCAUUAAAAAGACACAAAUAGUUUUCUAAGUAAUGUUUAGAUUAAAGUAUAUUAUUGUUCUUGAAUGAAUAGAGAUUACUUGUCAUAUAAGCCAACAUUAAGAAGUUGCCAAAAAAGUUGAGAAGCCUGAGCUGGGAACCUUGAUAAAAGGUAGGAGGAAAGUUAGUGAAAAUGAUAUGUUAAUUAUUUAUUAAGAUAAGAUAAUGACUCCUAAUUCUUUCCAAUUUUUUUAUACAUAAAUAAAUUUCCAUUUCCUAAUUAAUUUGUCAUUACAUUGUUUGCCUAAUUGAAUAUAAAUACUCAUAUAAUACUUAGCCAAGAAAGUAAACUCCAACACCAAAGUCUUUUAUUUCUUCUUACAUUUUUAGAUCACCAAAUUCAAAACAUGAUGCAACAAGAGCUAUUUGAGUCCUCUUGGCCACUAGUCUAUCAUGACAUGAAUAACAAUUCAUGUUGGAACAAUAAUAAUCAAGUUGAAGAAUAUUGUAUGGAAUUUGAUGAUCAUCAGUCCUUGCAAGUGUUGCCAAUGAUGGAAGAUUUUCCAAUGGAGUUAUUGGAGCAAGUGUUUGAGCCUCAAUUGAGUGGCGAAUUCGAGGCUAUUUAUGGUUCUUUAAUGGAGGAUGAGAGUGUUGGGAGUCUUCAAUAUUCAAGUCCUAGCUCAUCAACAUCAUCAUCAUCAUCAUCACCAUCCAUAGUGGAUGUAACUUCAGUCCAACCAGUACUAUUUUUGCCUGAACAAGACAUGAAGAUCGAAAACGAGCUAGGCUUGUUUCAUCUCCUCAAAGCAUGUGGUGAGGCCAUAGAGAAAGAGCAGAGUGAGCUAAAGGAUGUGAUUUUGAGGCGAAUCGGUGACAGAGUCAGCCCUGUUGGAAAAGCUUUGGAGAGAGUUGGUUUCAUCUUAUCCCAACAAAUUGACACUAAAUUCAUUGAUUAUUUAAUCCAAGAGUCACUCAAAAACUCCAACCCUGCAUUCAAGGCCUUUUGCCAAAUCUUCCCUUAUGUCAAAUUUGCUCAAUUCACAGCAAAUUCAGCCAUCCUUGAAGCUACACCAGAUGAUGUUGACACACUUCACAUAGUAGAUUUUGACAUGAGAGAAGGGCUGCAAUGGUCUCAAGCUAUUGAGGCAGCUUCAUCGCGAUGGAAAUCGUUGAAACUCACUUCAAUAAGGUUGGCAAAAGAAGAAGAAGAAGUUGAUUUUGAGCAAACUAAGAGGCAACUUCUUGAUCAUGCUAGCUCCUAUGGUCUAGAGCUAAAGAUUCAACAAAUUGGGAUUGAAGAUUUAGUUAGUGAAGUAAAAAAGGGAAAGAAAAGGGGUUGUGGGAAAGAGUUUUUGGCCUUUAAUAUUGCAGUUGGAAUGUCACACAUGAGAAUCACAAGAAGUAGAAAGCUUGUUAUGGAGUUUCUAAACUUAGCCAAGGAUUUGUUAUCAUCAAACAAAGCCUUGUUAGACUCUAUAGAGUCAACUUUCCCAGCUCAUCUCUCAGAAGCAAGAAUGACAAUGGAGACUCUUUUCGUGGCGCCUUUCGUCUCUUCUUCGGUUUGGUCACAAAAGUGGGAGGAGAUAAGAGAAGGGUUUCAUCUCAAGGCUGAGUUUGGCUUGAAGGAGUGGAGGUUGAGCAAUGAGAGUUUAAUGGAAGCUAAAGAAAUGGUAAGUGAUAAUAAUUGUUAUGAAAUUAGGAGUGAAGGGGUCAAUGGAAAUGAAGCUAGCUUAAAUUGGAAAGGAGUUCCUUUGGUUAGAAUAUCUGCAUGGACAAACUAAAUCUAGAAAAUACUUACAAGUAUUUUCUCUCUGCUAUUUUAGUUAGUGUAAAAUCAGAUUUGUAAAAAUAUAGUUUGAGAUGCUUAAAUUUUGAUUUGUGUAUAUAAAUUGAUUGUGUUUUGUUGUAGUUAUGUGUAGAUAAUAUUAUUGGCCCAAUUGGCAUAUCAAUGUAUUUUUAUGCAGUUAUUUCACUCAUCAGAAGAACAGCUUUAACA